UUCAAUUGUAACACAAAAUGGAACAAAAAUUCAUUCUCACAUCACUAAUCAUUUUCCUCUCACUCUUCAUAGAGUCUUCCUUAGCCAAACAUAACACUCAAACAAUGACCUACAUAGAGUCCUCUUGCAAUGGUACCCUCUACCCUGAUUUGUGCAUUCGUUGCCUUAAGAAGUUUUCCAAAUCAACCAUAAAUGGACCUCAACACUUAGCAAAUGUUGCCUUAUCCGUGAGCCUCUCGAGAGCAUUGCAAACAAGAGGAUACCUUUUGAAUGCGGCAAAGGAACUCAAAGCUAUUGAUCACAACAACAAGAGGAUGUACCUAACCGUGCAAGAUUGUGUGAAUCAAAUUAAUGAUAGUGUUGAUCAACUUAGUCAAGCCAUCAAAGAACUAAAAAGGUUGAAUAAAUUUAACACAAUCAUCAAUGAUAAAGUGUUGUGGCACAUAAGUAAUGUUGAGACAUGGGUUAGCACUGCCUUAACCGACGCUAGUAGUUGUGUGCAAUCGUUCCCUGGUCAUAGAAUGAGCAAAAGAGUUGCGACGAUUAAGGUGAAGGCGAAGAAUGUUGCAGAAGUAACUAGUAAUGCACUUGCUUUGUUUCAAAGUUAUGCUACUAGGUAUCGACAAGCAGCGGCUAGAACCGUCAAGAAGCCAUGAAAAACUUGAAAUCAUACCUUAUUUUAUCACCCCUUGUUUGUCCAUGUAUAUACACAUGUUUUUUCUUUGGGUGGUUUUACAUAGUUAUUUAGCUAGGGUAUAUUGAUGUGUAUGAAUAUAUGAUUAACUUCAUUAUUAUUUAUGUU